AUUUUGGUUGUCUCUCUUUCUCUGAGAGAAAAAGAUGGUUAAGACUCCAGGAAUUUAGACCUCCUAGAUAUCUACUCUGCUUCUGCCUCUUACCAUGGUAAUGAAUCAUGAACUGUGAAUGGUAAUGCUAGCAACUUCAUACAGAAUGCAUAUAUCGGCAAUAGUUUUGGGAGCUGAUUUUCUUAUGUUGUGGAUCUGCUAAUAUGCCAUUUCUGGAAGCUAAUUGCAGGAAUAGAGAACUGAGAUUGUCUCAUUUUAGUAAAUAUAUCUAGAAUAUUAUUACUUGUUAUAAGGAUUUGUUGAGGUCCAAAAUGUCCACAAUGUUGGUGGGUAGCUGAAGCACAUUAUUAGUGCAUUGGAAACAUUUUAGCGAGGCCUGUUUGUCCUCUUGCUGAUGUCUCCAUAUGAAUUGCAACCUAGUAAUUUUUGUAACCCAAAUUACUCUAAAAACUUGAGAAAUGAAUCCACGUGGCAUUCACCCAGAUGAGGAGCAAGAACAAAGAAGCUAGAUCGCAACCUGUCACAUUACUGGACUCCUGGGAGAACUUUUUAUACUCCAUUUUCGGAUAUUACAACCAUUGUUGUCUGUAAAAUAUCGCUGUCCUUUUGGAAUUUCUUUCAUAACCCAACAAGGGGAAAAGAUAAGGAAGAUACAUUGAAACAUUCUCUCUUUCAGCAGUUUGAAAAUUAUAAUCAAACUGUUUGGUGUGGUUGGAGAAGUAAAGAAGAAAGAACAUGGGUGUAAUUAGGAACUCUAAAGAGACUUCUUCAAAGAAAAAACCUCGGAGUACCACACUUAAGUACCUGUUUGAUCUUGAUUCCAACUUUUGCAGUAAUCCUUCUAGUCCCAACAAUGGCAAGCCCUCAUCUUUCGAUUCCGAAAAUGAAGAAAUCCUAUCAGCUAUCUCUAUCUGUACUACUGUUUUCACCUUCACUGAUCCUGCAGAGUCUCCUUCUCAGCAGGACCUCAAGCGCCUCAAACUCACUCAAUUACUUGCAGUCACAAAGUCCCCCAAGAAGCCACUGGAUGAUCGAAUUCUGUCUCGUUUAAUCUCCAUGGUAUCGACCAACCUCUUCAGGCCUCUCCCGCCACCAUCUAAUACCUCCAUCAUCACGGAGUUAGCAGAAGAUGAAGACUUGUUUUCCAGUCCAGGACCUUUGUGGUCACACCUACAAAUUAUUUAUGACAUUCUCCUCAGGCUUGUUCUUGACGUGGAUUCCAAGAUACUUCGCGAGUACAUCGAUCAUCAUUUCCUCACCAACCUACUGUCCCUAUUUCAAACCGAAGAUUCAAGAGAAUGCGACACUUUGAAGAAUGUUUACCAUAGGAUAUAUGCAAAAUUCACUUUCUACCGAUCAUUUAUGAGAAAAUCGAUGAAUGAUGUUUUCCUUCACUAUUUGUACGAGGCAGAGAAGCAUUAUGGGAUUGGGGAGCUUCUUGAGAUAUGGGGAAGUAUCAUCAAUGGUUUCACAGUUCCACUCAAGGAAGAACACAAGCUAUUCCUGAUGAGGGUGCUCAUUCCUUUGCACAAGCUCAAAGGAAUGCAGGUUUAUCACAGGCAGUUGGCUUAUUGUGUGUCUCAGUUUGUGCAGAAAGAGCCUGCGCUCGGCGGGGUGGUUGUUAGAGGCAUUUUGAAGUAUUGGCCUGUCACUAAUUGUCAGAAGGAAGUCAUGCUUAUAGGAGAACUCGAAGAAUUGGUGGAGAACAUUGACCCUGAUCAAUACAGGAGGCUGGCCCUGCCUAUAUGUACCCAAAUCACAAGGUGUUUGAACAGCUUCAACUCACAGGUUGCCGAGCGAGCCCUUUACGUAUGGAACAAUGAACAGUUUGUAAAGAUGGCAGAAUCAGCAUUGGAAGAAGUGUUUCCAGUGAUUGUAGAAGGCAUGGAAAGGAACCUGAAGCUGCACUGGAGCAAUAGUGUGAAGCAACUGACAGAAAAUGUAAAGUCGAUGCUGGAAAAAAUGGAUCAAAAUUUAUACAGCAAAUGCCUGCAACAAAUAAAUCUCAGAGAAGCUGAAGCUCACAAAGAAGAGAUCAUUAGGAAACAGAAAUGGGAAAGAAUUGAAAUGGCAGCAUCUCUAAAUGAAAUACUCAAACAAACAGAGUCUGUAAGUGUUUCUCAUUGAAGAACAACAAUACAAUGUUGUGUGCUGGCAAUUUGUUUAUCCAGAAUCAA